UGUUGGAAGGGAGGGAGAGAGGAAGGGAGGGAGAGUUGGGAGAGGGUCGAGUCGAGUUGGGGAUAGCUUCAGCUUGAGAUGUGUCGUGGUGAGAGUUGGCUGAGCAUCACUGCCUCUACUAGUUCAACAGACCCGAGUUCUCCCCAGCAUUUAAACCACUGGGACGCACCUUGACGACCGCGUAAGGAGAGGAGGCUGAGCACACUUAUCUCUUGCCUUCCUACCUCCAGCAUCUAAACCACUGUGACACGCUUCGAGGCCCGCAUUAGAAAAAAUACGCGACUUGUAUUUUUUCGACGGAUGAGUUCUGUGAUGAGUGAGUGGUGCAAGGUGACGGUGGCGGUGGUGGUGGUGGUGACUGCAGGUGAGAGGCGGUAAUCUCCUCUCCUUCAGGUGGUUGUGGCGAGCCUGUCAUCUCUUGUCCUUCAGCGUGGCCAUCCUUCUUCAGGAACGCCGAUCCGGGAGACUAGAGGCACCUGGUCAGUGGAAGCAAGCAUGGCAAGGGUAACAAAAAUAGAUGCUUUCAGUCGUCCCUCCCAGUACAAGAGAGAAGAGUGACCACAGACCAUUAAGCAAUCACUGUGGCUUUAGGUGCGCGGCGGUGAUGGCUUGCAGGACACACGUACGCUGCAUGAUCAUCUGCUGCUAUGUCCUACUGUGCUGCUGUCCCCUCCGCUACAGCGUCCACACAGACAACACCUCCGGGACAUGCCACCUCGCCCCCUCAGACCACAUCAUCCGGGAGACGCUGCAGGCGGAGGAUCACAAGUAUGACGUGAAACUCCUGCCGGCGGAUCGUCAAGUGUCUGCCUUUCUGGAGCAUGAACAGACCAAGAGGUUGGUGUUCCCCCUGGCGGAGAGCGGCCCCAUCACCAUCACCAUCACCCCCUGUGACUUCCCCCUGUCCUGGACGCUGGAGCUGCGUCCCCACCAGGGCGAGGGGCGGCACGAGGGUGGAAGUAAGAAGAUACGAGCAGUGCUGAGCGCAGUGGGUGGGCGCGGUGUCUCCCACCCGCGCCGCCACCACCACUCCACAAACACAAUAACAAAUGUCCCUCGUAACUCUACCAAGCCGGUGCGCCACGAGAGGCGGAACGAGUCUUCCGUUUUCAGUGUCUGGCAGCAGCAGGCGGUGGCGGCGGCAGGUCUUUCCUAUGACACCACCACCGUGCCGGGAACGGAGCAUGCAGGCGCUGGGAGCAGGGAGGUGGAGGAACAGGAGGAAGUGGGGGAACAGCUGGAGGCGGCGGGCGUGCAGGAGGGCGUGGCGGUGCAGUACGAGGGACAUGAGCCACAGCAGUUCAGCAGGCAGCAGGCCCCGCCAGGCCUGUACGUGGUGCAGCUGCAUGCCGGCCACGGAGCGACGCACGUCCACAUCCUCGUCACCUGCCACUGGACGCCGCCGCCCACCGCAGCCCGCGUCACUGCCACGCCCACCUCCCGGGGCAGGGCAGUCACCCUCCGCUGGGCAGGCAGCAGGAACGUGGGCGGGUACUGCCUGGCGGUGAGCGAGGGCCGCCCCUUCCCGUCACUGUGUGCUGCCCGCGCCGCACUCUCCCAGUCUCCCAACAAGUGGCCGCGGGCAAUCCUGGGCUGCACAGACAACCCCUGGUACGAGCUGCCCCACGCACCCCGCCGGGCACUGCAUGUGGCAGUAUGGGAGGCUGGGCAUGGCGGGCCGCCCCUGGGCACGGGUCUGGUGCCCGCCAAACGUACGAGAAGGAUACCCCGCCUGAGGCCCGGCGCCCUGAUAAGGCUGGUGCCCUCCACGGCCGGCACGGCGGUGGCAAAGUUCCGUGUGCGGAAAAGAGGCCGACGGCUGCAUGUAAUCGCUGUGGCGUGCGGGGCCAAGCUGCGCCUCAAGGUGAUGGCGCCGUGCGGGGAGCGGCUGGCCACUGCCGAGGGCAAUCUGGGCGCCCUCCACCUGGUGGUAAAGAAGCGGAAGGCGCCACCCAAGGUGCUCAUCAUGCGUCUCGUCACCAAGCCCCCAGGGGCAGCCAGCGAGGUGCUCCUGACGGCCUCCUACGCCGCCCACUCCCUCUCCCUGCCUCGCCUGCCCCGCAACGCCCGAGUCAGGGCCAAGAAUAUCACCUGCACCUCCGUCACCCUGAGGUGGUCAGCAGCGCGGGGUUCCCACGCCUACUGCGUGCUGGUGAAGGAAGACAAAAGCGGCAAGGUGUGGCGGACGCGACCCCCGCGCCAGUGUGGGUGGGAGGCGGCGCUCAAACAAACCCACUUCGCCGUCAAGUGGUGCAGCCCGCCCGCCAUCACCGGCCGCCAGGAGAAGACCCUGCACACCCUCAACCCCGCCACCACCUACAUCGCCACCGUGCUCUCCCGCCAUCCCGGCAACGGCCGUGCACUCUCCUUCUCACCCAUCCGCUUCACCACAUCCUCCCUGUGCUCCCCCGCCACCAACUCCACCACCACUACCGUCGCCACCAUCACUUAGAGCCGCUCCCCUCAUCAUCACCCUCACUGAUCGUAUCUCCCCUGACAUCAGUCCAUCACCGCCUUCUCAUCGCAGCCCACUCUCUCACUCACUCACCGCCGUGACAGACAUUCACACACUCAUGAUAGCAGCGUCACUCACACCCUCAGACCCUCACAGGCCGCCCCGUCACUUCUAUCACGUAAUCAUAGUCAAGAGUUGAAAUAAAUAUAUAUUUUCCCA